AUGGGCAAUGCGGAUUGCCUAAGCCGUCUGCCCGUAGAAGAUAAAUCCAGCAAAGCCAAUCAUGGUGAAGUUCUUAUGAUAGAAAUGGCUAGCUCACAAAUUGUAAAUGCGAAAGACAUAGCAGCAGCUACCGCUAAAGAUCCACUUCUCAUGAAAGUCACCAGCUGGGCGUUAAGGGGGUGGCCGCCGUCCAUGUCGCGGGACGAUGAAGCGUAUGCGUAUCAUGUGCGCCGCAAUGAAAUCACCACCCUCAAAGGAUGCCUUCUUUGGGGAAACAGAACGAUUGUCCCUUCCACAUGUCGUAAACCCAUUCUGGAGGCGUUACAUUCGGGACAUCCAGGCAUCGUUAAAAUGAAGGCAUUGGCUAGAGGCUAUUUUUGGUGGCCUAAAAUGGACACUGAAGUGGAAAAUAUCGUAAAAACUUGUGCACCGUGCCAGCAAACCCGUCAUGAGAAAGCCCAGGCGCAACCCCACAUAUGGGAAACAUCAAAGAAUCCAUGGUCACGCCUACAUGUUGAUUUUGCGGGUCCUUUCCAUGGCAAAAUAUUUUUCUUGACGGUUGAUUCUUACUCUAAAUGGUUGGAGGUACAUAUCGUUAAGUCCACGUCAUCACAGUGUGCAAUUAAAUCGUUGAGAUCUCUUUUCGCAACUCAUGGCCUACCAGAUGUAAUAGUGUCAGAUAAUGGAACUGCAUUUACGUCAUCAGAGUUUGAUGAAUUCAUGACCAACAACUUAAUUCGGCAUGUCAGAUGUGCACCAUUUCACCCAUCGUCUAACGGGCAAGCAGAGAGGAUGGUGCAGACGACGAAAGAUUUUCUUAAGAAACUUCCGCCAAACUCUGAUUUUGAGCUUAAUCUGGUUCGUUUUGUAUUCAAUCAACACAUUACUCCACAUGCAACAACAGGACGUUCUCCGGCCGAACUAUUCUUUAAUCGUCAGCUCAAAACUUACUUUGAUAAAGUUCACCCGCAUGAGCUGUCAAACGUCAAGGAUAAUCCUGUUGUCAAGCAAACAUUUUGUGAUGCAGACCUUGUAUGGAUCCGUAAUUAUUCAACCGGCCCUAAGUGGUUAAAGGGGCGCAUAUACUCGAGAACCGGCCCAGUAUCAUACAAGGUUCGGCUGGAAGAUGGCAGAGUAAUUAAACGUCAUUUGGACCAAAUCAGAAGCAGGGCUGUCACUGAGGAUUUAGAAAUGGACAGUGAGGAAGUCGACAUUGGAGAUAGAAAUAACCCAGACAGUACCUCGGGUUCAACUUCCGUUGAUGAAUCUGAGACAAACGCUGCUGACCUUGGGUCUACACCGCCAGCUUCUAAAUCACCAUCACCAACAGCACCUGCCAGCACACUACCACCGCAAACUUUAGCACCAAACUCACCGUCUGGUAGUGUAGAUCGAUCAACUCCUAUUCGACAACAGACACCACGGCGCUCAAAUCGACCCAGAAAAGUUCCAGAAUUCUAUUCUUCAGCUGGGCGUUAA